GUCCAUCACCCCCAAAAUUUUCACAUAUUAUUACAAACACAGAACCAUUGAGUUUGAGUCGUUAACACAAAAACAAAGAACCCUCCUCUCAUUCAUUGCAAUUCUUUUCCACCCUUUGUGUUAGUUAAACUUGCACCACACAAAAACACAUCUUUUUUUUUUUUUUUUUGUCUCAUUCAAAUUCCCUCUUCAAACUUCAACUUCUUCCCCCUGUCAUCGUCCACUCAUUUGGCCCUCAAACUCGUGUUCCUCGUGCAAAGCCGUUCAACAGCCAUGGACAUAAUAGCAUCAUCAAUGGCACUUCCUUCAUUGCAACCCCGCAACACCAACCUUUCAAAAGUUUCAAUUUUCCAACGCUUAACACCCCCAACAACCUUAAUUCCCUCAUGGGCAUGUUCCUCCAAACCCAAUAACUCCACCACCCUCUCUCCAAUCUCCUCAAAGUUUCCAUCUUUCCUACGCUGCUCCACAAAACCAGACACCAGCGCCAACAGCGAGACACAGCACACCAAUAAUCCCAACAAUGAACAACCCAAUUCAAUUUCAAACUCCCAGAAUGCACCACAAUCAUCAGAUUCAUCAUCAAGUGAAGCCUUUUCUUCAUCACCACCACCUUUGGGGUCAUCACAUUCCUCUUCCUCAAGAGGGUUGGUGCUUGAUUUGGGUCCUUCAAACUCUUGGGACAGUGCUGACAUAGGUUCCCCAGUGGUGAAGAGGUUUCUGAGUGAUGAAGAAGAGAGGUGGUACAUGUGGUACCAUGGGAGGGCAAAAGGGUACCCUUCUUCUGAUUUGAUAGGGUUGGCUGUUUCAAAGAAUGGGGUUCAUUGGGAGCGUGGUGGAGGCCCUGCUAGGUCAAGUUCUGAUGUGGGGUUUGUGAUUAGCUGUGGAAAGGAUUGGUGGGGUUUUGACACUGGUGGCAUUAGGCCUUCUGAGAUGGUGAUCAUGUCUAGUUCUAGGGUUAGAGCCUCUAGUGCUGUUUACUGGCUUUACUACACUGGCUUUGUUUCUGAGAGGAUGGAGUUUUCUGAUCAUUCUCUGGAGUUCAGUGUGGAAAACCCUGAUGGAAUGAUCAAUGAUGGUGUGAGUUGUGGGAAUGGAAAUGGGAAAGGGAAGGUUUUGAAGUCCUUGCCUGGUUUGGCUAUUAGUCAGGAUGGGAGGCAUUGGGCUAGGAUUGAAGGGGAGCAUCAUAGUGGAGCUUUGAUUGAUGUUGGGUCUGAGAAGGAGUGGGAUUCUUUGUUUAUUUCUUCCCCGCAAGUUGUUUUCCAUGGGAAUGGCGAUCUAAGGAUGUACUAUCACUCGUUUGAUGUCGAAAGAGGGCAUUUUGGUGUUGGGAUUGCUAGGUCGAGGGACGGAAUUAGGUGGGUGAAGUUGGGGAAAAUAAUGGGGGGAGGGAAAGUUGGCUCCUUUGAUGAGUUCGGAGUGAUGAACCCGUGCGUGACCAGGAACAGGAGUGGCGGGAACUAUGUGAUGACGUAUGAAGGUGUUGCUGCUGAUGGGAGGAGGAGCAUUGGUUUGGCUGUGUCUCCUGAUGGGUUGAAGGAAUGGGCGAGGCUUCAGGAUGAGGCGAUUUUAAAGCCGUCGGACCAAGGCUGCUGGGAUGAUAAGGAUGUUGGAUCCCCGUGUCUGGUUGAAAUGGAUACAGAAGGAGAUGAGUGGAGGUUGUAUUAUAGAGGUGUUGGUAAUGGAGGAAGAGUUGGAAUAGGAAUGGCCAUUUCCGAAGGGAGGGAUAUUGGAAGUUUUAGAAGAUGGACAGGUUUCCAUGUAUAAGCUAGGUGUAUGCCAUCAAUUAUUUAAACAUAGUCUAAAUACAAUGUCUUCAUUCUUUAUGAAUUGAUUUUUUUUUUUUGUUGAAUUUGGAUUAAGUAGUUUUGUGUUUAGCCUUAUUGGUUAUUGUUGAUUAAUACACUUUCUUGUACCAUAAGAUUUGAACUUGUCCUGAUUUUUAUGAAUAUGGUAAACAUCUUCUAGCCCUGAACAA